AUGACUAGUGAAAAUUGGUUGGAAUGGAUGAAAAAAGCUGAAAAAUGCACUGGUUUUGGUAUUUCUGGCACCGAACAUUUGUAUUUUGAUAUGAAAAUUGGAAAUGAAAUCAAAUAUCAUAUUGUUUACCAUGAGCAGCUUGGAAGUAAAACUAAAAUUGAUUAUGAAAUCGGGUAAGUUGUUUUUGUUAAAAUUACAUUGAAUUUGAUGAAAAUUAAUUUCAGAAUGGGAGAUGAUAAGCGAAAAAUCGUGGAAUAUGAGGAUGGAAAUCAUGUUGAUGUUAUGAUCAAGUAUGUAAAGAAAUUUUUGGAGCAAUAUGGUGACAAAAUGCAAUUUUUUGAUUGUAGCGUAAGUUUUUCAAAAUUUUUGCCACGUCAUAGCUCACUUUUCUGCAUUUUCAGUGUCACUAUAGAAAUAAACAAGUGAUCGAUACUCUCAAAAUCAAACAUUUGCCCAAUCUUCGAAGCGUCAGAUUCGCAAACGAUGUGAUUGUUCAAAAAUCGGAAUUUGCGAAUAAAUUUGAUUGA